AAGACGUGUGACUACCCAGUGCAUCAUCUUGUUUUGCAUUUAUGCUCAGUCGUCGCUGCUAAUUAUUCAAACAAUCUAUUGAGCUCCGUGGAUCAAGGGAGUCCUCAAAUAAAUUGUCUGAUACAGAGCCAGUGAGUGGUAACGAACGGUCGUGGCACUGAACCGUCGGAAGACAUCUCCACCACGCUUCUGGUGCAGUUCAUUCUACAACCUCAAUUUUAAAAUCAUGGAUUCGUCUAUAUUCCAUCCUUCAAUAGUCAAUCUUGGCACAAACUCAUACCUUCUCGGGCAUGGCGUAUCCACGAACAUUAACGGUGAAACUACUGAAGGUCAGGUACCUCUAACCAUUCUUUCUGUCGAUGUGGAUAAUGAUCAAAUCACCCAAUCAUGGUUGGAUUCUAAGUGGGAAGAAUUCUCUAGAAAAGACGAUGUAUGGUGUGACAUUUUUGCUCGUAAUGUUUUGGCGCAAAAGUCUCCUGGAGUGUUGCGCCUCAUAGCCAAUUCUGGUCACUCACAGAUCCUCACAUUGAAAUCUUUCGAAUGUGGAGACUUUUUACCUGAAGGUCCUUAUAUUUUGAGUGGUUCAAAAAUUUAUAGAAUUUAUAAGUUGUACCCAGACCCUCUCGGUGCGUUCGUUUGUGGUGUUAUACCAACUGUUCCAGGUAGUAAUCGCUACCAAAGAACACCUUUGAGUUAUGUUCCUGUUCCAUCUCGACUUUACUCUUCCCCAUCUCAUCUCCGGCCCCUCUUGGGUAAACGCGUAGCAGUAAAAGACAUUAUUGACCUUGAAGGUGUCAAAACUACUGUCUGCAGCAAAGCAUAUGAAGCCUUUCGAGAUGUGUCAAGCACCACGGCUCCAUCAAUCCAGAGACUCAUCGAUGAAGGAGCUGUGAUCAUCGGAAAAGUCAAGACAACUCCUUUUUCAUCUGGAAUGGGCCCAAGAGAUUGGGUAGAUUAUCAAGCGCCAUUUAAUCCUCGAGGCUGUGGUUACCUAGAUACUUCAUGUAGUAGUGCCGGAAGUGGAGCCGCACUUGCUGGAUAUGAGUGGUUAGACUUUACUAUUGGCUCAGACUCACUCGGAAUUAUGGUCAGCCCUGCAGCGGAUAAUGGACUUUUCGGCAUCAGGCCAACUCACGGUCGUGUCUCUUGCGGAGGUCUUGUUCCGGUGUCAUCACAUCUCGAUACACCCGGCAUAUUCAGUCGAGACAUAUCAGAUUUCAGUGCUGCCAUGAAGCUAUGGCUCGGAGCAUCUGAUGAUUCUGAUCCAAAGCCUUCCUCCGUGAUGCCUAAGAAAUUAACAAUCCUGUCGGAAAGAUAUGCGAAUUUAGCUCCGGAAAUGCAAAAGGUCAUGGAAGAUUUCAUACAGGAUUUCGAGAAGGCCACCCAGCUUCAGCGUAAGACAACCACCAUGGAUGAGCUGUGGAAGUUACAUGCACCAAAAGACUCGCCUGAAAAGACUUUUGCGGAGACAUUCCAAACAACAUUGGCUCAUAUCCAACUUUACGGACACUACAACAAUACCAUCCCAUUCCGUGAAGAUUACAGAAGAAAAUUCGGGAUAGAGCCAUAUGCAGAACCAUUACUCCGUUACAAAUGGGAUCUCGGUGCAAAGCUAACACAAGAUCAACUCACUACAGCAUUGAAAGAGAAAGAACUAUUUUCUAAUUUCAUGAAGGAGCAUCUCUUCAAUGAUGGUGGAGUCGUGCUAUUACCUUGUGCCCUACCAGACAUCCCAUAUCGUGAUGGGUAUUUCGGUUCUGUAGAGGAAUCCGGCGCGCCAUGGCAAGGAUUCAACAUUCCAAUCACCGUAUUCUCAUCACUUGGUGGCGGACCAGCAGUAUCAAUUCCUGUGGGACAACGACUCUACGAUUCGAAAGUCACAGGAGCAAAAGAAUAUCAACCAGUUGGCCUAAUGCUUCUAGGUGCUCCAGGAACGGAUGAGUAUCUAAUCGAUUUGGUGAAACAUGUACUGGUAGCUUCUAAUCGACCGCUCAGUGUCAAGACAGGCAAAGUCGCAUUUUGAGAUGUGGGAAUUUGAACAUCUAUCCUCGGGGACCUUGGGAUUGAACUAGCAAAUGAUUUAUUUUUUUCAUGCAUCUUUUACAUGGCUUUCUUUCUUUCUUCCUCUCUAUUAUUCAUACUUUCCGCACAAAGUAAACAUACAAUGUGAGAUACAUACAUACAUAAAAAUACCUAUCCAUUCAUCUCUUCAACAAAAAUCCUUCUCACAACCCAUCUCUCACAACCCAUCUCCCAUAAGCCCAUCCCCUAUUAUCUGAUCUGAUCCGAUCUCAUCUUUUCCCCUCAAAAAAACAAAUCACAUGAUUUCUCUCCCCUCUCCCCUCUACCUUUUAAUUUUU